AUGGAUGAAAAGAAGAAGGUGAGAAUCGGUGGUGAAGACAAUGUUGAGAAGGUGCCUAAAGAGAGUGAAGAUAUGACAGAGGGAAACGAUGGUCGAGAUAUUGUUGUAGAGAGGGAGGAUGUUAAAGAAGACGUAGUAACAGUCCCAGAAAAGAAGAAGGCUGUAGAUUUGAUCGAUUCUGAUAAUGUGAGCAAGGAAACAGAGGAAGGGGCCAGCGAUCCAGUGUAUCUAAGUGACUCUUCAACCCCAGAGAAGAAAAUGAAACAUGUCCCAUCCGAGCAAGAGGAACAGUUAGCCGUUAUGUUACUUAGCAAACCAAAGAAUCGGCCAACCAACCUUCUACCUGUUGUUAAUGAUGCAGAGUUCUAUUUUUUCAUAGAUACACUGGAAAAAACAAAACAAUGUGAGUAG